CAUAUCUGUAGUUUAUAUUAUUUUAAGGGUUACUGUACAAAUUAGUGUUUAGCAAUUAAAUGGUGUCGUGUUGUAGACUUACUGGGCUGUUUAUAGAUAUGAACCGGGGACUCUUUAUAUGUUUAUGUGGUAAAGACCUGCUGAGUAAAUCUAUCCAGAUUAUUCAACAAAGAAACAUUCGACAAUAUAUGAAAUGCAACACAGAAAAUAAAAUAAGGAGGUUUAUUGCAGAAAACACUGAGAUAGUCAAAGGUCAAAGUUUAACACCUGAGAUCUCUUUAAGACUCUUUACAGUGAAAUGUCGUUUCUGGACGGAGAGACCAGAGUUGUGGCCAUUUCCUGAUCCCUUCUGGGCGAUAUACUGGCCUGGGGGACAGGCACUGAGCAGGUAUCUUCUAAACAAUCCAGGACUGUCAGUAGGUAGAAAAGUGCUGGAUCUUGGAUGUGGCUGUGGUGCAUCUGCUAUUGCUGCUAAACUUAGUGGUGCUGCUCAUGUGGUGGCCAAUGACAUUGAUCCAAUUGCUGCAGUUGCCACAAAGAUGAACUGUGAGCUGAACGGUUUAGAGCCCUUGCCUUGUGUGACUCAGAAUCUGAUCGGUUCCGAACCUGAGAACUGGGACCUCAUCCUGCUUGGAGACAUGUUCUAUGAUGAGACUCUUACAGAAAGCUUACAUAAGUGGCUCAACAAAUGUGUCAAACUUCACAGAACACAGAUCCUUAUCGGAGACCCAGGACGGGCUCAGUUUGAGAGCCAUGACAUUAAGACACUGUUGUAUGAACAGGCUCAUUUCGAGUUACCUGACUCAGUCCGAGAGGAAAAUUACGGACUGACGAAUAGCACAGUCUGGUGUUACAGACCAGAUUACUAAACUACUCAAGUUAAAUAACCAGACACUGACACUUCAUACUCAUUUUACUUGAGUUGAUAGGGUACUGUGAGAAAGCAGCGUUUGUAGGAUUUUCACCCUAGAUCUAAAAUAAAAAUAUGUUUUUAAUUUUUUUUCCUCGUAAGAUUGCUUGAGUAAUUAUGGUUUAGAAAUGUCCAGACAGGAAAAAAAACUCCACUUCAUUUCAAGAAACUGGUCAAGUAAGAACCAUUCACUCAAAAAGAGAUUACUCUGCUAGAAAAUAACCAUCAUUUAGUUUAGAGAAAAUGCACGAAUCUCCGUGUUUUUCUGUCUCCUCUCUUCUCUCAUGGCUUUUUUUUUUCCAUUCACAAAAAAUCAUUUUGUACAUUUUAAACAUAAACCUGUUCAGCAUUCA